CCUCCAACAACAAUGAAGUAGAAUCUGUAUAUAAAACAUGUGCGUAGCUGAGAAACGCAGUAGCUCAGCGGGAAGAUAGACGCUGCUUCCGUUCUGCUCCACUCAAAAAUCUGACUGCAACACCUCCUUUCAACUUCUUUCAGGUCAAUCUUAUACCUCAUUACUGAGUUCCAAAGCUUUAGCUUCAAGGGAUGUUUAACCAAAUUGUAGCGGUUUCAUCGAUUGGCUUUCUAGCAUGGGCAUUUCGCAGUCUCCGCCCUCCACCUCCCACCAUCUGUGGCUCCUCGGGCGGUCCACCGGUGACAGCACCAAGAAUAAAGCUUAGGGAUGGAAGGUAUUUGGCCUAUAAGGAGCAUGGUGUCCCCAAAGAAACGGCCAAAUAUAAAAUCGUCUUCGUACAUGGCUUUUCCUCUAGCAGACAUGACUUAGCCAUUACAACAUGGAAAAUAGUUGAGGAAUUAGGGGUGUACUUUGUAUCUUUCGACAAACCAGGCUAUGGGGAAAGUGAUCCGGAUCCAAAACGAAACAGGAAGAGUAUUGCUUUGGAUAUAGAAGAGCUAGCUGAUCAGUUGGCACUCGGAUCCAAAUUUUAUUUGCUCGGGAAUUCAAUGGGAGGACAGGUGGUUUGGGGCUGCCUCAAGUACAUCCCCCACCGUCUAGCAGGAGCAACACUACUCGCUCCAGUUGUCAACUACUGGUGGCCGAGCUUUCCUGCGAAUUUAUCUGAAGAAGCCUACUACCAACAAUUCCCACGAGAUCAGUGGGCACUUCGUGUUGCUCACUACGCCCCAUGGCUCACCUACUGGUGGAACACUCAGAAAUGGUUUCCCGCGGCAAGUGCUGUAGCUGGAAAGCCUAAAUUCAGCCAGCAAGAUAUAAAUCUCCUUUCCAAGCUUGGUGGGACGGAAAAGCAAAAGGCAUAUGUGACACAACAAGGAGAGUACGAGUCUAGGCACCGUAACCUGAUGAUUGGAUUUGGGAGAUGGGAAUUUGAUCCUAUGGAUCUCAAGAACCCUUUUCUUGGAAAUGAGGGCUCUGUUCAUGUAUGGCAGGGUGAUGAAGAUGGUAUUGUGCCUGUUAUACUGCAGCGUUAUAUAGCCAGAAAGCUUCCAUGGAUUCACUACCAUGAACUACCAGGCGCGGGACAUUUGUUUCCUUUUGCAGAUGGGAUGACUGAGGCCAUCUUAAAGACACUCUUGCUUGGGGAGAAGUAUCCUGCUGCAGAAAAAAAUUGAGAAACAACUGUGUAAAUUCUAUUCAAUUCAAUUAUUAUUUACGGGGAAGAAAAAUUCUAUCCAAUUAUUGAGUGAACUUGGUGCCAGAGAUGAGAAGUGUUACGGUUGAUGCUACAAUACAAUAGGAUGCUACAUUAGCAUUACUCAAACUUUGUUGUCUUGGGUUGAAUUUGGAGCUGAAAAUAUGUUCUGCAAUGCUUUCAAUGCCCAUUGUUAUAUGGCUUUAUUCAACUCACACCGCUCAUGCAAUUACUUUACA